AUGCCCAACCGCAAAGGCGGAAGGAACGCCUAUUAUUUCUUCGUGCUGGAGAAGCUGCCGGAGUUGAAGCGACGCGGAUUGAAUGUGACUGGCGUGGCAGACGCCAUCCCGCACUGUUCGGAUGACUGGGCGUUGCUGACUGAAGAGCAAAAAGAAAAGUAUGCAGAUAAGGCUCGGCUAUGGAAAGCUAAGAAAUCGGAAGCAGGAGCAAAGGCAUCACCUGGCCAGGCCCCGGUACCUCUUCCUAUGCAAACACGGACUGUUCCUAUUGAGAGCCUCACCAACACAUCCAGGAAGUCUGACCCAGUGACUCUUAAAAAUGUAUUCUACAUCCUGAACAUUUUCAGCCAUGGAGAACUGCCUCCUCAUUGCAUUCAGCGUUUUCUCCCUUGUGAAAUUGGCUGUGUCAAAUACUCGCUUAAGGAUGGCAUAAUUGCAGACUUUCACCUUUUUAUAGAUAGUGGUGCAGUUCCCCGGGGUUUUCGGUUUCAUUGCCAAGCUGCAAGUGAUGCCACUCAUAGGAUUCCCAUCUCUGGCGUUGAACUUGCCUCUUCAAGCCAUUCUGUUGUGUUUCGUGACCUGUGUAUGUUCAUCCAGCCACAUAGGAACAACUGGCCGCUUGUGUAUUGUAAGUCUGAUGACCUCUUUAGGGUGAACUGGUGUCUGAAGUACAUGGCAGCAGAAGCAGGCAUAACAAAUCAGCUGAAGCUUCUCAAUGUGGAAGAUCUUGUGAUAGAGCUGUAUCAGCACAAGUUUCAAAAAGAGCCUUCCAAGACUUGGGUAUGGAACACACUGGAUGUUUCCAUGUGGGAUUAUUCCAGCAAUACUAGGUGCAAAUGGCAUGAAGAGAAUGAUAUACUAUUCUGUGCCCUUGCUACCUGCAAGAAAAUUGCGUAUUGUAUCAGCCAUUCUCUGGCUGACCUGUAUGGCAUCCCACUAACUUCAUCUCAUUUACCAGUGCGUGACAAGGAUUCUCAAAGUACAGUGAAUCCUAAGAUGGUAGUACUGGAUGCUGGAAGAUUUCAGAGAGGGAAGGCCCAGCAUGGGGAAAACGAUAGGUACUUCACAUCUCUUAAUCAGGAUAAAGAUGCCAUUCCUUACGCUGCUGGUAAGAUGAAGCUUUCAUUGCUGAUGGCAGCUGAUUGA